AUGAGCAACUGGGAAGACGUUCUCGCCACUGCCGAGUUUGCAUACAAUAACUCUGCCUCAUCGUCGACUGGGCUCACUCCGUUCUACGCCAAUUACGGUUAUCACCCAGCCUCUCACAACCACCCUGACGGUGCGCCGCGGAACCCGGGGAGCCGUCUCUACGCCCACUGGAUGACCCAGGUUCACGACCACGCCCAAGAGCAUCUCGACCGUGCCCGUCAGAGAAUGAGAGACUGGGCGGAUAAGAAGCAAAACGGAGGCCUCGGUCUAUGA